CACUGGACUUCGCGUCGAAAGCUCCCCGCGGUUUAGGCAGCACGCACCCCUGCAUCGUGUCUAUUCUCUCUUUUCCUUCAUUCCCAGCGCGUCUCCUGCCUGGACGACAAGCCACUUGGCGACAGCCACCUACGGCAUGUGAACGAUACCCCUUUGGCCACCAGAGCCUUGACGUAUCCCGGCAACAGAAUGUACGGAGCGGCCGUUUGAGGAGGGACUUUGCAGUGCACCUAGCUCUGUCUGCACCAACCCAACCGUCCGUCUCCUCUUCCAGGAAGCAAACGGGAAACAACCGGUGAAGAUAGUAAUAUUCCAUCUCCAGCUCUUCACUGCCCCCUCGCCUUUUCCAGAGCCGGAUAAGAGCCCCCAUCUCAACAGCAUGUUCGCCCCAGAGCAUCAGAAGUUGCCAGCCCCUCAUGGAGCCUUGGUAAACUACAUCCACGACCAUCCGGAGAAGCAGAUGGUUGAGAUCUUGGAGCCUUAUCGUAAGUAUGAAGCUCAGCUCCGAUCAGUCUUCGCCCAAGACCGCAACCAUCCCGCCCUCAGCGACCCCAACAUCAACCUUUUGCCCCUUUUCACCGAGGAUACCAAGAACAUCAAGACGCGCGCUAGAUUCCUCGCCGCCGAGACCCAAGAGGAGAGGGACCGCUACAUCAUGGCCCUCCCGGACGAUAAGCGUCGUAGUAAUGGCUCUCCCGCCGUGGUCUCUGGCAUCAAGGAGUUUCAGAAGAACUUCAACAUCUUUUCCGAGUCUUCCCUCGUCGACAUGAACUGGGACAAUGUUGUUGCAGCCGGAUCCUCCGUCAUCAACACUCUUCUGCCCGUUCCGCCCGAGUUCAACGUCUCCAAACGCAAACUUCGCGAAUACUACCACGAGAAGUUCUGCCCGGCGUCUGAUGUUGACCUAUUUUUGUACGGUCUCACCCAUGAGGAGGCCGUCGAGAAGAUAAAAGAGAUCGAGAAUUCGGUCCGCGACGCUAUUUUGAACGAAGUCACUGUUGUCCGUACGAAAUAUGCCAUUACCAUAGCUUCGCAAUAUCCUAUUCGCCACAUCCAGAUUGUCCUGCGUGUAUACAAAUCUGUGGGUGAAAUCCUUACAGGAUUCGACAUCGACGCGGCGGGCGGCGCCUAUGACGGGAAGCAGGUCUGGGUUACUCCCAGAGCUCUGGGAAGCUUCAUCACUCAGGUAAACCAAAUCGACCUGACCCGCAGAAGUCCGUCGUACGAGAACCGUCUUUCCAAGUACAGCCACCGUAACUUCGAGGUCUACUGGCCGGAGCUUGAGCGAAACCGCAUCGACCCCACCAUCUUCGAACGCAGCUUCCAGAGGACACUCGGUCUCGCAAGACUUCUGGUUCUCGAACGACUCCCCACGCAGUCGGUCCGGGAUACAUACCUCAACAAGCGGAGAGAGGAGAGAGGCCGGCCAACCGCCAACCGCUUCAAUCCCCACCGUCUGAACGGAAACAUCAAAGACAGCUACGAGGACGAAGUCGCGGACUGGGUUGACGAGAAUGAUGUCUCCAACUACCACACCUUCACUGUCCCUUACGGCCAGUACUUCCAUGCAAAGAAGAUCGAGAAGCUUUGCUACACUCGAGACCUUCUUCUCAACGCCGAAUGGAAUCAGCCUGAGCAGAGAGAGGUCUAUCUGCAUCGUCAUCCUGCAUUCUUUGGCCGUGUCGAGGACGUCAUUGAGGAUUGCUGCGGCUGUUGCCCGAAGCCUGUCACGCCCGAAGAAAUCGAGAUUGCCAAGAAGGAGGGUGAGAUCUACAUCUCUGGCAAAGUUACAUUCAUGAUCGACGACCCUGGCCGACAGCAGAUCGGUUCAUUUAACCCCCUGACCGAGGAUGACUGGACCGACAUGGCGUAUGUUGGAAACACAGCUCGCCUGUGCCAGAGUAUCGUUGAUGGCGAUGUCGAUGAGGUCCUCGAUUGGCUGUCCCAGGAGGGUGCCGAUUCUAACAAGCGAGACUACACUGGGCGUACGCCCCUUCAUCUUGCGGUGAUCAGCUCGACGCCCGAGGUUGUGCGCUGUCUCGUCGACCAUGGGUCUCGUCUGACCGCCCGCCUUGCCGACGGCAGAACGGCGCUGCAUCUCGCGGCCGAGCUAGGGAACUCGGACAUGAUCAAGAUCCUGAUGGAUAAGAGCAUCACAAACGAGGAGGAGGAAGAUGAUAAGGCUGAUCGUCGUCGCAAAGCUGUUCGAACCCGGUUGCAGGAGGAACCUGCCUCCCAGAUGACUCGGAACCAGGACGAGUAUGAUAUUGACGCGGAGGGCGAUGCCAAAUCUGACGAACCUUCCGACAUAGAGUUGGUUGACGCGGGAAAUACCGAGGCAGACGCAACAUCAAUCGCUACAGGAUCUUUUGUCAACCUCAAGGACGGUAACGAGAAGAGCAAGGAAGACCUCGUUCUGGAAGAGUCGACAGACGAGCCCGACUUCUACAAGAUUGACGUCUUGGCUUGGGACGUGCCCUGCUCACCUCUCCAUCUCGCCAUUUCCGGGGGACACGAGGAUGCCGUUAAGGUUCUUUGCGAUUACGGCAGCGAUGCUCUCCUACCCGUCAAGUUCCUCGAUUCAGACAAGAAACCCACGGCGGCCAUACUGACGCUUUCACUUGCGCUGUCGCUCCCCAUCGAAAAAGCUAAGUCAAUGGCUCUUCUCCUGAUGAGUCUUGGUGCCAGCUCAUCCCAAGCCGACAUGAAUGGCUGUACUGCUUUCCAUCGGUAUGUUGAAAACGGCAACCAGGAGAUGAUUGACACAUUGUGGGAGAACGACAAAGUCGGCCUCAAAACGGCUCUCAACCACAUGGUCUUUUCGAACAACCACUGGAGUCCCGAGGCGAUUGCGCCUAUCCAUACGGCCAUCGAAAACGGGGAUUCCAUUUUCGUCCUUAAGUUGCUCGAGGCCGGCGCCAAUCCCCAGAUCGAGUUUGACACAUGGCUAAAGGCCGCCAAGUUUUCCAAGGCGUCUACUAGUCUUGGCUCGUUCGAGGACAACAAAACCAAGUUUAACCUGCACACGGAGCAACCCCUGAUUGUGGCUAUCCAGAGUUGUCCUGAUCCUCAAGUGGCUCUGAAUUUGCUUGAAAAGGGGGCGGAUCCCAACACGUUGACAACCCAAGCUCAUCACGCGAUCAAAUACGAGCGCCAGAGGUAUUACUACAACAAGCGUCAGGCGGCUCUUGAUCUUGUGCAAUAUCAGUUGAAGGAGCUUCGCCGCUACAAGGGCGAGGAUUUCACACAGGCGAAGCCCCUGCUACCGUUAGGCAUGGACGAAUUCCUUCAAGGGUUUGGAAAAGGAUCAUACAUGCACUGGCAAGUUUCAGAGGAUAUCCAUUCGCUCAAGGUCAACUAUGAGAGGCAGCAAGAGCGUUACGAAGAUGCCAAGAAGAAGCACGACGAGUUGAAGGGUGUUCCCGAGAAGAUGGAAGCCAUCAAGGAUAUGGUUGAAUCGCUUGAGAAGCUGGAGAAGGCCAUCAUUGCGAAAGGAGGCAAAACUUUUCAAGAGUUGUAUCCCGACAUCAAUUUAUCCGACAGCAGAUCCUCGAAGCGCCUUUCAUCGGAAGAAAAGAGGUCUGGCGACUACGGAUAUGUCUUCUCCUUCCAUGGCGUCAAUGACGUCACUGACGUCAGGAAGGCCGCUUACUUGGAACUCUUUGAGGCUGCUUGGUCUGGUGACAUCGAGAAGAUCAAAUCACUCACGCUCCAGGCCUGGGGGAAGAACCAGGAGGAGCCGCCGCUGAAGAUCUCCGUGAACGACAGCGAAGCCAACACCCCGUUCUCAUUGGCUUAUCUCCGAGGCCACUACGAUGUCGCUUCGGCCAUCCUAAAUAUCGUCAUGGCCCAAUACUCCCCGGAGGACCAAGGGGCGACGCGGUAUAAGCUGGACACUGGCGAUUCCGACGACCGCAGUGACGAGACGUACGAGAGCGACGUUGACUCCACCGAUGAACCCAAGAUCAUCUCGGAAAUCGUCGACAAGAAGUUCACAAUCGAGAACAUUGGCCAGGUUUCGAUGCAAGUCAAGUCCACUGUCAAACCCUUGGAGUUCCUGACCCGAAAUAUCCAUCCCUUCAUGGUCGAGGGCGGUAGGACCAGAAGCUGCAAGGGAUCCACACAAACUUUGUUCAAUUUCGUUCUAGAGCACGACGACCAUGCCGGGCUGAAGGCGCUUCUCGAUAUGGCCGGCCACUUUGCUGCCCAGAAGCUUGUCGACGAGGUUCCGGAUGAGGAGACCGGCGGACGAUUCCCAUUCCCCGAGGAUGACUUCCUCUGGGCUGUCAAGCACGGCAAGACUGCAGCUCUUGGAGAGAUCAUCGGCCGAACUGGUGCGGGAAUCCCGCUAGACAACCUGGUCAAGAAAAGCGGCCUUGAGAUAAAGCGGAAGUCAAAGUACUACCAGGGUCUUACGGUCUACGGAAAGAAGAGAAAGGACUGGGCGACGGCCGGACGAAACGUGGUGGUCCGAUCGACCGGAGUGAAAACGCCGCCGCUUCUUCAUGCUGCCUCCGCCGGCAACAUCGAAAGCGUCGAAUGGUUCCUCGGUGAUGCUCCUCACCGUCACUACGUUGAAUUCGGAAAGUCGAGAGCAGGCCGGGAUGAUGGCAGGCUGAAGCGGCUCAGCCAAGCACCUGGAGGGUUUGACCGAGCCGUCUCCAAGUGGCUUGGCAUCAAAAAUGAGCUUGUUCUCCAUUGCGCAGUCAUGGGGCCCCCUACGGAAAGUACCAACAACGUCAUCAAGUACCUCGUACAAGCGUGCCCAGGUUCCCUUGAGUACAAAUCUACUCUCGGCGACACGCCCCUAUGGCUGGCUUUCUAUUUUGGCAGACUUGAGUUCGCAAAGACCCUCAUCGAGGCCGGCGCAAACCAGAUGACACGCAACAGCUCUGGAGAGAACAUCAUCCAUGCCGCCCUUCAGGGGAGGCCCAAGGCCUGUCGUCUCGGUUCCGUCCUGGAUCUUGUCGCCUCCAGCAUCAUCUCCCACCUGUGCCAGCAGCGCAAUAGCAUCCACGAGAGCGGCACGACGCCGCUGCAUGCCUGGAUCACCGCAGUCUGCAUCUCGCGUGGGACAUCAUCGUCAUACUACUGGGGCAAGAAGUACGACAACAACGAGGAUAUUCUGGACGUGCUUAACCUACUUCUCAAGUUCUCCCAGGGCGUUGAGCUCGAGAUGCUCAACAGCGCGGGCGACACUCCCCUCCACACCGCCGUCAUGUCCAACGAUGUGCUCCUGACCGAGGCCCUGAUCCGGCACAAACCCAAGCUCCUCUACCGCGAGAACGCCGUAGGCCGCACGCCCGCCGAGGUCGCCCGUGAGAACGUCACCAGCGAAAAGUUCACGGCUCCGAACCCUAUAUUGCUUAAAACAGGCAACAACCGCAACAACAACAAAAACAACCCUUCCGCUAUCGUCAGCCGGUCCGUCGAAUCCUUUAUCAAGAACGACGACGACGAUGACAACGGCAACCUAAAGUGCUCAGUCAGACUCUCCAACAAGCAAAAGGUCUGGGAAGGCAUGCGUGGCAUCCUUGAACAGCACCCGGACAAGCGCCGCCUCGUCUCCCUUAACGAGGCCAACGACGUUGCGAAGCGUCUGGGCGAGAAGUACAACGCGAGCAGGUACUUCAGCAUCACAGUGCGACAGGACGAGGACGCCGAUUCGGAGGAGGACGAGACCGGGUAUAAGUACAAGGAUGGCUUUGCGUCCAAACCGCGGAUGCGACAGCGACAGCGGGCGUGCAUGAACGUUCCUCAAGGACAAGGUCAAGAACGAGUGUCGUGGCUGCAGCAAGAGACAGGACUGCAGGUUCGAGCAGUGUCCUGGGAAUAAGUGGGAGAUGAGGGAUCAUCCGGAGAUACGUUUGGUCGGGGAUUUGAGGUUUGUGAUAUGGGGAGUGGGGUGGGGUGUUAGGGUAAAUACGAUCAAGGAGUUACUUCUUGAUCAGACACUCGAGGACAACUUGACAAGAUAUUACCAAACAAAUUGGCAUAACGUUAUAACUGAUAAUAUCAAGCCGAUUUCUGAUCCUCGCGGGCUGGCCGGAAAGGGGGGGUUGUUGGAUGUGACUUGUGGUAUGAAAUAAAGCUCACUGCGUGAAGGCCCAAGACUUAUUUUUAGGCUUUUUUUUGUUGUUGUUCCAACGCUACCUACCGCUAUGAUCGUUCGCGGUAGGUAGCUCGCCCACAAUUGAAGAAAACAUGAUUCGGAACUCCCGGGGUAUCUCUAAUAAAUCCCAACUCUGGAUCCCAACUCCCAGUCCCUCGUUCUCGGUACCUCAGAUCGUAGCUGCGUCCGCAAUCCAAAAAUUUGCUCACGGCAAAGCAAGCUAUCACUUUGGAUUUAGCGGGGUAGGGGAGGGAUGGAAAGCGGCCUCAUCUUAUGUAGACCUCAAUCGUCUCCAUGUCGCCAAUGUCAGCAUCCUCGACCGUCAUGUCUUCCUCGAGCUCAUCGCCGUCAAACAUGAGCGAGAUGGGCGCGUCGGCCGCUAGCCCGCGCAUCUUGCGGAACAGCGCCAUGAUGGUCCCGACGGUCGUCGACGGCCGCACCGACGUCUUGAGCGGCUCGUCUGUCUUGGUCUUGAGAAGCACCUUGAUCUUCUUCUCGGCCUCCUGCUCGACGGCGGGCGGUACGCCCCCCCGUUCGUCGCCGCCGUUACCAGGCCCUUCGUCGUCCGAGUAUUCCCCAAUGUCGUGGCGCCGCCUCCGGGCCUCUUGCCGUUCGUGCUCCUCCCAUAACUCGCGUGUCCACAUCUGCAUAUGCACGUUUGUCCAGUCGUUCCGGAACCCCUCGCCCGCAUCGGCAUCGCUGCCGCCACCGCUCCUGCGGAACGUGCCGGCGAGGUCGAGACUGUGCAGCGUUGUCAAGUCAUACAACUCGUGCCCGCGCCACGUGAGGAAGACGCUCUCGAGGUCGGCGCGCGGAAUUCCCAGGCGGCCCUCCUGGACGUCGAUCCAAGCGUUGCGGAGAAUCUUGAGGGGCUUGACGAGAGUGAAGCGAAACUGCCUCUCCUUGGUGCCCGGGAUGUCGGACGUGACGAGAACGUUGACGGUCUGGUUGGCCUCCUGCUCGAGCGCCUUUUUGCGUUCCAUCGCGCGCUGGACGUAUUCCUUGAACUCGUCGUCGUCUUCCUCUUGGGGGGGCGCGGGGUCGUCUUCGCUAUGUCCUCCCUCGGCGGAUGGGCUGUCUAUGUCAAUGACCAGGGGGGGCGAGUUCGCGGGCUCUGAGGUUUGUCGCCGACGGUUGAAUUUGCGUAUUGGCGAGGCCUCGUAGAUAUCGUCGUCAUCGUCAUCUUCCGGCCGACCCCCAUCUUCCUCAUCGGGAUCGUCGUCGCUGUCGUCGAUCGAGAUGACGGGUUUCGUGGGUAUCACCUCCUGCUUCCGCGGCGUCCGCGACGCGGCGGCCCGGGUCAUGCGCUUCGAGGGCGUUUCGGUGCCGUCGCGGCGCUUGGUCGGGGACAACUUGACCCUCGACUGGGGGGACUCGUCGCUCGUUCGCGAUCGUUUCGAGGGCGGCGUCCCCAGUUCUCUGAAUCCUCGUCUCUCCUUCCAGGUUCCUCGCUGGCCCUAGGCGCAGGCUUCGUCUCGACGUCCGGUGACCGCGCUUGUGAGCCCUUCUCUCGCUCGGCCUGCUUCCGCUUCAUGCGCCGCUCCUGCUCUGCCACAGCGACGGGAAAGAACUCGGCGGAGCGCUUGAACAGGUUGAGGCCAUCGUCGUCGUCGUCUUCGUCGCCAUUAUCCUUGAGCGCAGGUUUUGGGUCCGACUUUUGGCGCAGCGCGGUGGGUUUGAAAGGGAGGCGCCUCUUGGGCUUCGCUGCGUCGGCCAUGCCUGUCUCUUUCUCGAGGUAGAUGAGAUGCCUUUUUGUUCACUGAACAGUAAAGAAAAGGGGAGCUUCAGAUUGGGUCGCUAUGCAAUGCAAUGCGAUGCGAGCUGCAUGGGUCGGUCGGUGAUUUUCGAGAGGGAGAGGCUAUCACGGUGACUUUUCGACAAAAGCUUUCAUGCAGCUAGGUACUGAGGCUAUUCUCAAGCGAAAGAGGCAACGGGGACAAGCAUCAUGAGCAAUGCGAUGAAUUGAAAGGGAGGGGAAUCAGGGAAAAGGCGUCCUCGGACGCAUUUCCUGGGUUGGGGGUGUCCUGGCCGUCUGAGGGAAGAGCGUCGUUUCCGUGGUGAGAGCAAAUAUUGAAUUGCUGGAUC